AUGAAAGUCAAAAGUAGCACAGAAAGGAUGGAAACCAAGAAGAUAAAGAGGAAGGCAUUGGCAGAGAUCCAUAAUAAAACAGUUAGAGAGAUUAAGAAUACGCCUGCACCAGAACCUGGUGAUGUCAGGGAUGUAAAACCUUAUGUCAGGGAAAUUCUCCUGCACUACAUGAGGGAAGAGAAUAAAUCAAUGCCCUCCCCGGAUUACAUGGCAUCGCAGGAGGAGAUUAAAUGGGCAAUGCGCACUGUUCUGAUCGAUUGGAUUAUUGAUGUUCACUAUAAGCUGAAUCUCCUCCCAGAGACUCUCUAUCUUUCUGUGAAUUUGAUUGAUAGAUUCCUGACGCACCGCAUUGUGAGCAUAGGAAAGCUGCAGCUAGUGGGUGUGGCAGGACUACUCAUAGCCUCAAAGUUUGAAGAGGUUGCCUCUCCUUCUGUUGAGACAUUUGUUGUUCUGACAGACAGAAGCUUCACUGAGAAUGAAAUACUCCGGGCAGAGAAGUACAUGCUGCACUGCCUAGACUACAAGAUAAGCUAUCCCUCGCCUCUUAAUUGGCUAAGACAGUGCGCACAACAGAAAGAUGUUGAGAAUUUGGCUGUUGUUAUUUUGGAUUCUGUACUCCCAGAAGAGUCUUUUUUAAAGUACUCGCCUUCCAUGUUAGGCUGCUCCAUUGCAUACACAGCCCGUGAGAUUCUCUAUGGAGAAAGUGAUGAUUUUGAUGCAUUCCAUGAGUUUACAGAGCACACCCUCAGGGAUCUACUUAUAUGUAUAUGCGAGGUGAAAAAGUAUCUGGAAAAGCCCAUCCUCCACAGCUCCAUCUUUAAAAAGCACAGUAUUUCAGUUACAAAGUACUUAGGCUUCCUUCAUAGUAAAUAA